CAAUCGCAUAUGCUGUCAUUCACUCUUUCACAUGCUAUUUAGCUUGUGUUGAUCCGGCCAGAGUAUACUCAGAGUACUCUUCGGCUGAAUACGAGGACACCGACCGGACUGCGCACACCACCGACAAUAACAACAUGGCCGCCGCGUUACCACCGAAGCUCAAGGCUGCCGCACCAGAUGUAGGCCGAUUUGCGACAAGAGCAGCUCAGCUGGAGAAGUUCAGGCCGAUCGUGGCGUACUGGUGCGAAUAUUAUAUCCUACAGGCUAUUCUCAGCCGUCAACUACACACCACCGACGAAGAAUGCACGACUUAUGCUUUGGGGUUGAUGGACAAGCUCGAAGCUUACAAGGCUGAGAAUGCUACAAACGAUGCAGUAGUAGACGAUGUGGCAGCAAAGGCAUACAUCGAGAAUUUUGCGCUCGAGACGUUCAGCCGGGGAGAAGACGCACAGAGGAACAACAAGGUUACGAAACAAACCGCAGAUACAUUUCAGGCAUCGGCUACUUUUAUGGACCUUUUGACAAUAUGGGGGCCAUUGGAGACAGAAUUUGCGGCGAAGAGCAAGUUUGCAAAGUUCCAUGCUCUGCGAAUAGCAAGAGCGAUCAAGGCCGGCGAGGACCCAAACGCUUCCAAUCCUGUCAUCGAGGAGCCACCUUCUGCACCACAAGCCCCAGUAGAGGAUGAUCUGGAGACACAGCUGAAGGCUUUGGAGAACGAGGAGAAGGCGUAUCAGCCUCCGACAGUAGAAAGCGCACCCGACAGCAGGAUACCUUCACGGCCCCAGUCGACAUUCCAGACGAGUCCAUUGGCGCAACCGACACUUCCCACGAUAGACGUGCCUCCCACACAGCCUGCAGAACAUGAUGUAUCGCCAAUCGAGCCAGCAGACGUCAACAGCAGAGCAGGGUCAGUAGGCGGAGGGUACUUCCCAGCAGCGCCAGGAGAGCCAUCCGGUCCAGGAGCGCCCAUCGAACCUCCUCACAUCUCAUCGGACCCCGCAGACUUCUACAACGCUCCUCAACUUCCACCAAUUGCCCCUACCGCAGAAGACUUCGGCGGCCUCCCGCAAGGAUCUGCGGCCUCAAGCCACGUUGCGCCUGCGCCACCAGCUGCCUUGCCAGCGUUCUCUCCUCCGCCCGCUGCGGUUCCGGUCGCGCCUGUACGCGCGCCUAUUGCUGUCGGCCCUCCAGCAGGUGGUUACAACACCGACGAUGAGUCAAUCAUGGCCGCUCAGAAGCAUGCAAAGUGGGCCAUUUCCGCUCUCAAUUUUGAGGACGUGGACACAGCAGUGAAGGAGCUGCGCAUUGCCUUGAACAGCCUCGGUGCAUCAUGAAGGAACGCAGUACCUUCAGUGUCUGGUAGCGUUUGCAAAUGCCCAGGGGCGUGAGUAAUGGCACAAACGAAGAAUUAAAAGAAUGAUGCAAGACUUGGGCCUGUUUCCAACAGUCUGGCGCACAGAAACUUCCCAGGAGCCCGUUGCCUAGCUGCAGAGCUUCGCAACGGUACGACUGGUACGCAGCAUAUGCAAGCUACGUGUAGGUGGGUCGCGUGUCAUUCUUGAGCGUGGCUGAGCUAGAAACAUGUGAGAUCAGCUUCAACCCGACAAGGUCACUG